CUGCUUUUUGUGUGAUAUAUAUUAAAAACAAUUAAAAAUUGAAAAAUAUCUGGAUCUUCAGGUUGUUAUUGGAUCUCUUCUGAUAAGUGUAAAUGGAUUUACAGUAACAAUCCCUGGAGAGGGAUAAGGAGAGGGACGAUUUUUCUUCUAUUUUUGUUCAUUACACAACCUUAAAACCUGUCUUAAAAAUCGUUAUAUUUUCUUUUCUUUUUCUUACAGAUUAUUUUUAUCUGUCUGGAUUUCGUUUGCCUUCUUCUGCUCUCUCUCUCUCUCUCUCUCUCUCUCUCGCUCGAUUCAAUUUGGGCGAGAUAGGGUUUAUCACCGGAUCUGCAAAAAGCUUGUAUCUUUAUAGGGUUUGUAUAGAUCUCUCUCUAACCCAUCUGCAAAAAAAAAUGGUUCGAGUUCUUUCAAUGAACUGAAACUAGGGUUUCAUUCAGAAACCGAAUCUGGUUAUGCUAAGACAAUAAAGUUCGAGACUUUGUGCCCUAAAGAGCUGAUAUCUCUCAGCUUUGAUUCCUUGUAAGCUUAAAAAGGUUUAGAGAUGAUCAAACAGAUAUUUGGGAAGCUGCCAAGAAAGCCUUCAAAGUCAUUGAACAAUAAUGACUCCAAUGGUGAAGGAGCUGUUAACUCCUAUUACGCCCCUAAUCCAUCAGCUUCAGCUUCAGGUUCACGUGUACCAAAUGGGACUCUUGUUCCUAACUCUAACAAGAACAUUCCCGUUCCACCUUCUGGUGUAUUCGAGGCCUUGCCUAGCUUCAGAGAGGUUCCCAUCUCCGAGAAACCUAAUCUCUUCAUCAAGAAGCUGACUAUGUGCUGUGUUGUCUUCGACUUUAGAGAUCCCUCCAAGAAUCUUAAAGAGAAAGAGAUUAAGAGGCAGACACUCCUCGAGCUCGUUGACUACGUCGCAUCGGUUGGCGUGAAGUUUAACGAAGCUGCGAUCCAGGAGCUGACGAAGAUGGCUGCUGUGAAUCUCUUCAGAACGUUCCCUUCCGCAAACCACGAGACUAAGAUCCUGGAGAUGCAUGAUAUGGAAGAUGAGGAGCCUUCCUUGGAGCCAGCUUGGCCUCACAUUCAAGUCGUCUACGAGAUUCUCCUCAGGUUCGUGGCUUCUCCCAUGACUGACGCUAAGCUCGCAAAGCGAUACAUAGACCACUCCUUCGUCUUGAAGCUCUUGGACUUGUUUGAUUCCGAAGAUCAAAGAGAGAGGGAGUAUCUCAAAACCAUUCUGCACCGUGUUUACGGGAAGUUCAUGGUGCAUAGGCCUUACAUCAGAAAGGCUAUAAACAACAUCUUCUACAGGUUCAUCUCCGAGACUGAGAAGCAUAACGGCAUUGCAGAGUUGCUAGAGAUUCUCGGGAGUAUAAUCAAUGGUUUUGCUUUGCCUCUAAAAGAAGAGCACAAGCUCUUCCUUGUCCGUGCUUUGAUUCCUCUCCACAAGCCUAAAUGCGCGUCGGUCUAUCACCAGCAGCUUUCUUAUUGCAUAGUUCAGUUCGUAGAGAAAGACUUUAAGCUCGCUGAUUGCAUCAUCAGAGGCCUUUUAAAGUAUUGGCCUGUUACCAACAGCUCCAAGGAAGUGAUGUUUCUUGGUGAGUUGGAAGAAGUCUUGGAAGCUACUCAAGCUGCUGAGUUUCAACGCUGUAUGGGGCCUUUGUUCCGACAGAUCGCUCGUUGUCUCAACAGUUCGCAUUUCCAGGUUGCUGAGAGAGCAUUGUUUCUAUGGAACAACGAUCACAUAAGAAACCUGAUUACUCAGAAUUACAAAGUGAUCAUGCCUAUAGUCUUCCCAGCUCUUGAGAGGAACACUCGUGGACACUGGAACCAAGCGGUUAAGACUCUGACCCUAAACGUGAGGAAAGUGUUCUCGGACAUUGACCAAACUCUCUUUGAUGAGUGUUUAGCCAAAUACCAAGUGGAAGAAGAGAAUAAGACAGAGGUUAAAGCAAACCGGGAAAGAACAUGGAAGAGGUUAGAAGACUUGGCGGCUUCAAAGACCAACAUGGCAGAGCUGGUCCCAAGAUUUGUGUCCUCGGUGAAUCUUGCAAGCAGCUCUGAGUCCUAAGGGUAGGUACUGUGGUUUCUGCUCUGUUAUGUCAGCUUAUACUUUUAAUGGUAACGGAUACAGAUUCGGGUUUGAGUUGUUGAAUCGGUUUUCUUGAGGCAACCAAGAAGAUAUUCGAAAGAGAGAGAGGAGGGUGAGGUGAGUAUAUCAGUUCUCAUCACUGAAUACUUAACAACUUUUGUUUUUGUAUGGGUUUUACUUGUUGGUUGCUUGUGAUCUUCUUCUUCUGGGAAUGGGCAAAACCGCAUAUAUGUACUACUGUAAGAAACUAUAGGGGAUGGGUUCCUGAAAGACGAAUGUAUAAUUAUUUGGUUAAAUUUAAUCUUUUGGAUCAAA